CACAAGAGUGAGAACAGAACAGAAGAGAACAGAGUAACAGACCAGACCCUGUCUCUGUCUUCUUUCUCUCUCUACAACUCUUCUUUCUACCUGACUCAGACUCACUCAACAAAAUAAAUUCUCUGAUUUUAUCGUUUUCCUUUUCUUUCACCAGAUCUCACUGUUUACAACCGGAUCGAAUGUCCGCACUCUGAUCACAAUUCAAUUAAAUGGGUCAGUGUUACGGGAAAACGGUUCCCGGCGCCGGCAGCCACCGUCAACAAAACACAACCACCAUAAUUGACACUUCCGCUGGUGAUGGUGACGGCAGUCGUACUCCUUUACCAUCCUUCGCCAACGGAAUUCCAUCUGUCAAGAACACGCCAGCUCGCUCUUCUUCACACGCCAGUCCAUGGCCUAGUCCUUACCCUCACGGCGUGAACCCGAGUCCAUCGCCAGCUAGGGCCUCCACGCCCAAAAGAUUUUUCCGGCGACCUUUUCCGCCGCCUUCUCCUGCGAAGCAUAUAAGGGAGUCUCUAGCGAAGAGGCUUGGGAAGGCAAAGCCUAAAGAAGGUCCAAUACCGGAGGAGCAUGGUGUGGAAACGGAUUCACAGUCGCUUGAUAAGAGCUUUGGGUAUAGCAAGAAUUUUGGAGCUAAGUAUGAGUUAGGGAAAGAAGUCGGACGAGGGCAUUUUGGUCAUACUUGUUCUGCUAGGGCAAAGAAAGGUGAUCUCAAAGAUCAACCUGUUGCUGUUAAGAUCAUUUCCAAGUCCAAGAUGACCUCGGCAAUAGCAAUUGAAGAUGUCCGUAGGGAAGUGAAGCUAUUGAAAGCUCUGUCAGGCCAUAAGCAUCUUAUCAAAUUUCACGAUGCUUGUGAGGAUGCCAAUAACGUGUACAUAGUUAUGGAAUUGUGUGAAGGUGGGGAGCUUCUUGACCGAAUUUUGUCAAGGGGAGGAAGGUAUACCGAGGAGGAUGCAAAAGCUAUUGUUUUGCAGAUUCUAAGCGUAGCUGCCUUUUGUCAUCUUCAAGGUGUUGUGCAUCGUGACUUGAAGCCUGAGAAUUUCCUCUUCACUUCAAGAAGUGAAGAUGCUGAUAUGAAGCUUAUUGAUUUUGGUCUCUCUGACUUCAUCAGGCCAGAAGAACGGUUGAAUGACAUUGUUGGGAGUGCGUAUUAUGUUGCACCUGAGGUUCUUCACAGGUCUUAUAGUGUGGAAGCAGAUAUAUGGAGUAUUGGUGUUAUCACCUACAUCUUAUUAUGUGGAAGUCGACCAUUCUGGGCACGAACCGAGUCUGGAAUCUUUCGUACAGUUCUCAGAGCUGAUCCUAACUUCGACGAUUUACCUUGGCCCUCUGUGUCUCCAGAGGGAAAGGACUUUGUCAAAAGGCUCCUAAACAAGGACUACAGGAAAAGAAUGACUGCCGCUCAAGCUCUAACUCACCCGUGGUUGAGGGAUGAAAGUCGUCCGAUCCCUUUAGAUAUAUUAAUUUAUAAGUUGGUGAAGUCUUAUCUUCACGCGACACCAUUCAAACGUGCAGCUGUGAAGGCCCUUUCGAAAGCAUUGACGGACGAUCAGUUGGUGUAUCUUAGAGCGCAAUUCAGAUUGUUGGAACCAAAUAGAGAUGGGCACGUCUCCCUCGACAACUUCAAAAUGGCUCUUGCACGUCAUGCAACUGAUGCCAUGAGGGAAUCAAGGGUUCUUGACAUCAUACACACGAUGGAACCGCUUGCGUAUAGAAAGAUGGAUUUUGAAGAAUUUUGUGCAGCUGCCACUAGCACAUAUCAAUUGGAGGCACUUGAUGGGUGGGAAGAUAUUGCCUGCGCUGCAUUUGAACAUUUUGAGAGUGAGGGAAAUCGUGUGAUAUCGAUUGAAGAAUUAGCAAGAGAGCUAAAUCUUGGUCCUUCGGCGUAUUCAGUUCUCAGAGAUUGGAUUCGAAAUACUGAUGGAAAGCUUAGUUUACUUGGAUAUACAAAAUUUUUGCAUGGUGUGACUCUGCGGAGUUCACUACCAAGACCUCGUUAGUCUUGAGCCCGUUGGCACAUAAAGGCGGGAUAAAAGAUUUAUAGGUUUAUUUAUAGAUUUAUAAGGAUUAUUUUUUUCUUUAUUUAUUUAUCUUUCGGGGUGGCGAAAAGUGGAAUGUGUAUAAAUGAAUGUGUUGGCAAAUAUGAGAAAUGUUGAGUAAAUUUUAUGUUUUUUUUUUUUUUUGACAGUAAAUUUUAUGUUAAAAUCCCCUCCUCUUGCCAUAUUUUGCAGAUAUAUA